AUGGUUUCUGAAUAUUUUGGAACUGCUCUUGAACAACAUGAAAGAGAUGAUAAGGCUAAAGCACCAUGCACAGUAUCUAGUGACUCUCAUGUCUUCCAGGACAGUUGGACUACCUUAUCAUAUGAUCAGCUUAUUGAUAAAAUAAAAGGUGUUAUUUAUGGCCAGGCUAUUGGAGAUGCUAUUGGUUUAGCUACUGAGUUCCUUUCUAAGGAACAAGCUGCUAAAUACUAUGGUGAAAAUGGGCCAUCUGGAUACAGUGACAUUAUACCAGACUUUCAUCGAAGCAGGUGGGAUCAAGGAGAUUGGACUGAUGAUACUGACCAGAUGUUGUUGAUAUUGCAAAGUAUCGUUGCAAACAAUGGAACAAUUGACGAGAAAGACUUUGCAAAACGUCUUCAUAAUUGGAUGAAACAGGUUCCUGAAUUGGGUGAUGGAGGUGGUGUGGCCACUGAUGACAUGAUCCUAUGUUCUCAUAUAGGUGGUCUCGGUAUUGGUAUGACUGUCUCUCGUAUGACUCAAGGACUAUCGGUUUAUACUUUUAAAGCAUUGGGUUCUGGAUUUUAUGGAUUACGUAAAGGUACUGACUUCCGGAAAACUAUUAUUGAAUUAAUUAUGGAAGGUGGUGAUGCUGAUAGGAGCAACAAGUUGUCAUCUCGGACUGAUAAGGUUAUUAUUGAUGACUACUACUCCAGUGAUGCUGAUGUCAGACAAGCUCAGAAAGAUGAGUUGUCUUUGGCUAAACAUUUGUUUGAAUGUAUUAGAGCUGGGGAUUUAGAGAAGGCAAGUCGUCAAUAA